AUGCGUUUGGGAGGUUUUGGUGGAUCCACCAAGAAAUCAUCAGCCUCUUCGAACAAUUCAUCGCCCUCAUCAUCUUCCGUAUCAUCCAACGAUGGUUCUUUGGGAAAGGCAAGUCCUUCCCGAAUCACUGGAUUUAAUUUAUUUAAAAAGAGAAAUACGAAUGGAUCAUCGAAUAAUUUAUUGGCAACAAGUGUUUCAUCCUCAUCACCACCGCCACCACUCUCAUCAUCAUUGGGUAUUCCAGAAAAGAAGCAAGUAUCAUCGGGGAGUAUGGUCAGUUCAGCCUCGACAGCAACAACGUCAUUGUCCAACACAGUGGUCUCUUCAAAAACUAAAUUAUCGGAUAUAAAUGUCGAGGAAGAAGACGGAGAUGAGGAUUUGAAUAAAUUGGAUAGAAAUAGUACUUUCAAACUCACGGAUGAUUCAUUAUUACUUCCGAGUUUGAGUGAAGGAGUGGAAUAUGAUGAAAAUUAUUUAUUGCAUCGAGGAUUUUUAGUGAAAGAGGGCGCUAAUGUUCAUAAUUGGAAGAGACGAUAUUUUAAAUUAUUUACCACAAGAUUAGAGUAUUACAAAUCUGAAAAUGACUCGAAACCAAUUAAUCAAAUUCCAAUUACCUCAUCCACACAAGUGGGAGAGGCUCCAGAGAAACAUCUCCAAAAACAACAUACGUUUAAAAUUAUUAAUCAAGAUCGAGUAUUGUUUGUGAGUGCAGCAAAUAGGGAUCAGAUGCUUGAUUGGAUUAAAAAAAUCAAACAAGCUGUAGCUUCCUCUCACUUGGUGAGCUCAACAUCAAAGACACUUCAAAGAAAACAAACUCAUGGAAAUUACAAAGAUUUCCUUUUAUCCACAUUUUCCGAAAAGAGAAGAGGGAAAUUACGGUCACAUAAUGCUCUGUCAACUAUGCCCUUUGAACAACUUUCUUCCACAUUUUCUCUAAACGAAAAAGAAAAAAAGAAAACAAUUGAAUCAUUUUGCAAAACAUUUUUUGAAAGUGGAAGAGAGAUUGACAUUAUUGGAGGAUCAUUUAGAAUUAAUUUCGCUAAAUAUUAUUCAACACUAAGAAAACUAUUGAACUCUUCAACAUUUCCCAUCGAUUCAUUCGAGUUUGUGUUGACAGGAGUAUGUCAAUACGAAAAACCACAGCCAUUUAUUGGAGGUUUUCCUAUAUAUCUAAAAGGAUCAUUUUUUAUCAUUGUGAGUCCUUCGAAUGACAUCAAAUGGGUUGGAUUUAGUAGCGUUAUUCUCAACAACAGCACAAUGAUAUUAUUUUCGCUCGGAGAUGUAGAUAGAGUGUUUUUCAGAGCAUCUCAACAUGGUAAAGAGGAAAGCUAUCACUUGUCCUUUGAAUUUAAUUCUUUACAACAAGUACAACGACGAACGAGCAUUUUUUCAAGCUCCAACAAUUCAAUCAACAAGUUGGAUUUUAGAUUUUCAGAUAGACACAUUUGGAGCUAUAUUGUGUUUGAGCUUGCCAAGUAUAAAUUCUUCCCUGUGAUUGAGGGUGACAUGAUGGACACUAUUGAAGAAGAUGUGUCAACACCUGUAACCCCACAGGAACGAUCUAGAUCUAAAUCAGUUGCUUCAAUGUCACAACUGCAAGACCCUCUACUCAAACAACCUCAGGAAUCAACCGAGAUGAAGAUUGAAAAUUCUCCAACCCCAUCGCAAGGGAAUUCACAGUCAGCUGCUUUUGAAAGUGAUGACGAACAGGACGAGGACAAGUCAGAAAGCAUACACGAGACAGAGUCACGAAAGGAGAAUGAAACAGCUCAGAUAGAAGAAGAGGACGAGCCUCUCACAGAAAAAGAUGAUUCUGACAACAUUGACAAUGAUCUUACUAAUGUCGAAACGUUGACAGAAAUGAUUCCUCCAGCCAGUGAAAUUACUUUUCCUAAAAGAAAAAAGAAAAAGGAGAAUCAAUAUGUAGAUAUCCACCAUCAUAUUCGACAAUUAGAAGAACAUGCCCAAGAUGAAUUUAUUUCUCUCUUCUCUAAUUUAUAUUACAAUCAAUUUAGUGAAAUGAACAAGACCAUGACACAAGGACAAAUUGUUUUUGCCGAUGAACGAGUCGUUGACAAAAUUUUUUCCACAUACCUCAAACAAAAGGAUUCUCUUGUGACCUAUUCCGGAAUGCUUUAUCUCACUAACAAUUUUUUAUGGUUUGAUUCGAUCGACAUGCGAUACCAUGCACUUAGGCCCUAUCAAUGGAUGAUUCAUUUGGGUGACAUUUUUUCGAUUCAAGUGAAUAUUUCUCUGUACAUUAUACGACUCAGUCUUGGAAAAAACCACAACUUGUAUAUUUCCCUCGAUGGAGAAGAUGAUUUUGAAUCAUUUAAAACUGAUAUUGGAUUCAAUGAUUUGAUAACCCUGGAUAUUAAUAACAUUACAAGUUUGAGAGAAAAGAGAUUUCUAUCAUCCUUGCGAAUCGUUUAUUGUCUUGUGAAAAAGAUUCAAUUUGCAUACAAUUUGGAUCGACAAGUAUUCCACCACGAUGAACAUUUUGAAUCCAUUCUUAGAAAUGAAGACAACGCAGAUGAUGAUCAUUUGACCAGUGAAGCAAGUAACACCAAUAGUGACACUUCAGUCGAGCUCACCAUUCUCAAUGUUGGCAGUGUUCGAGAAUCCAUGAUUAAUAACUAUUUUGAGCAGCAACGACAAGAUGCCACUCCAACCACUCUCAACAAUACAACCGAUACUGAUUUUGAUGAUACCACGUAUGAUGCAGUGAAUGAUGAUGAUGACAAUCAUGAUGAAUAUUUUGAUUUACAAACGUUUGAAGUUGAACUUGUUCAAAAGUUUAAAAACAAGAAAGUCAAGGUGAUUGCCAAGCAAAAUGUUGUGGAUGACUCCAAAGUUAUUGAAAUCAAAGAUCUCAAAAAGGACAAGGCCAUCACUGAGAUACCCAUCGAUGAAAAUACCAAUGUUGCUCUCUCAGGCAAAAACGUCUUUUCACUCUCCUUUCAAUCCAAAAAGAAAAAGAAAACUGAGGUUAUGAAAUUUGAAUGCAAAACUGUGGAGGCCUCGUUUGUUGUAAAUUAUUUCACUGAUUUUAUGUUAUCAGGAAGUGUCGACGAAUAA